UUCAAUUGUGUACUCGUUUGUGCCACACACCUUUGCUCGCUGCAACUUCCUGUAAGGUACUUUGCAAGGAGCAAGCAUCCCUUUCUCUCUCUCUCUCUCUCUCUCUCUCUCUCUCUCUGAGCAUCUCUCUUCUCUCUCUCCUUUCUCUCUAAUAUGAGCAGAUGAGCUCCGGUAAGCAAGAAGGGCCCAAGCUAUUCAGCUCGAGGAUCCUCUCAAGGGAUCGCUCAAACGUGGCCAACGCGUCCUUCAGGGUUUACUACAGCCUCGGCGCCGGCACGGUGCCGUUCCUGUGGGAGUCCAAGCCGGGCACGCCCAAGAGCUCCGUCACACCGGCCUCCGCCGCAAGCUCCAUGCCGCCGAUCUCGCCGCCACCGUCCUACCAAUCCAGGUCUCAGUCCAAGGACAACAAGUGCAGAGGCAAGUCAUCUUCCAUCUGGUCUGCCGGAGGUUGGAUCAGCUGGCUGAACCAGAACAUCAGGAGGCGGUCACCGCCGUCGUCGCCGACCGAUCACCAGCAACGGUGGCUCUCGCAGGAUCAUGGCGUCGGCGACCACGAGCGGCGGCCAUGGCGUCCCACCUUGUGCUUCUGAGCUGGCCGGAACGGAUUGGGUGAAUUAGCUGUUGCACCAUGCGAGGUGUUAAUGGAGUGCUGUUAGCUGUUACAAUACUAGGAUAUGGUGUCCGUACGCGUUGGGUUUCUUUAAAGAUUUUAUUAGGUUGGAUGAUGGAUGGACUCUUUCCUUCUCCAGUGUUCAGCUUUGCAUAGACAUCUUACAGUGUUUGGUUGUUUGGUGUACGAAUAAUUGGGUCUGCAUGAUUGCUAUCUAUGCACAUUAUAGCAAAUCAAUAGUACAUAUUAUAUUUUUAAAAGAUCUACUUGUAUCCGAUUUGAGUUUCUGUAAAUUAAAAGAUGUUUUUACCUUUACUUGGAGAAUUGUAAUCC